AUGCCGGCCACGGGCACAGCCGCGCUGGUGGCCACGGCGCUGGUGCUGCUGCAGUGCGCGGCCACCGGUUGUGACGGACAGAGUGCGGCCAUACGGCACGGCCGGUCGCGGAACGCCAGGAACCUGCGGCCGAACGCACAGGCGCCGGCCAAGCCGCUGCAGACGGCCACGGCCACGGCGAGCGAGCUGGACAACGACAUCGUCAACCGGUUGCUGCGGAUCGUCGAGUCGCAACAACAGUUGGGCGACAACUGCACCGCCGGCACGCACCUCAACCUCGGCGAGGGCGUCGUUGACCGGUACGCUCAGGUGAGUGACGUUCCGACCUAUAAUUUUAGGUAG